UAUCUUACUCAAUAUAUUCGUGCCCAAAGACAUGCCUUUCAUACGCCUUGGACUUACUAUGUUGGGAAAAGGAUUGAUGGCAAUAUACUUCAGCAUUAGUAUGAUCUAUAAUCAUGAACUCAUACCCACAGGGCUCAGGUCCAGAGCAGAGGGUGGAAUUGUAUUCAUGUCUGGUCUGGCCUCAUCUCUGAGCAGUCUAGCAUUAAUCACAAGGCAGUAUUUUGAACACUUGCCAACGAUUCUGUAUGGAACUUGCCCCAUCAUGGCUGCCAUCUGUGUCUACUUCCUACCAGAGACUUUAAACCUUCCACUUCCAGACACCAUACAGGAUGUAGAAAGAAGACACAAAAACUAUAAGAAAACGAGUACCAAGGAAGAAGAGAGCAAUGACGUCCAAGACACCACAGAGUGUUAACAUUGUCCUUGGACUGCGUCCAUGAAAUCAAGAGCUUGUUCACAUUCAUCCUCCUUAGAGCAAACACUGAGAUAUGUCCUUAUUAUGUCAAUUCAUGACCCACUCUUUGUGGCCUGGAAGAGCAUUUAGGAUUUCCUCAAGUACACAUGAGGGAAACCUCUGGAUUUAAAACCAGGGAACAUUGGUUCCAAUUCAUAGUCAGUAACUUACUAAUCAUUAAACACUGAGCAAGUGUGUGUCUCCUCAAGGCUUGUUGCUUCCCUUGAAGUGGGAUAUUGAGAUCUGCCCUUGUUACCUUACAAGGUUAUUGUGAUGACAGUGUGAAUAAAGCAUAUAAAAUAAUUU